AUGGGAGCCCGGGCGCCCGCGCUCUGCUUGCUCCUCGCUAGCAUCUGGUUGCCCCGAGGUGAGCCGGUCCGGGGUACCUUCGGUCACAGCCCCCACAACGCCGGCGGGAGCACAGCCAUCGCCCCAGCCAGCCCUGGAGUCCGGGCUCGUUUCCCACCCAGCCGCAGCUCCCCGGAGAUGACCCUCGCCAUAGGGGAUGCCACCACAGUGAUGGGAGCCCAGGAGGCUGAAGCCCUGGACGCCUUGGCCAUGUCCUCUUGGGAAAGGCGGCUCCAUCGGGCCAAGUGCGCGCCAGCUUACUUGUUCUCCUGUUUCAAUGGGGGUGAGUGUGUGCACCCCACCUUCUGUGACUGCAGACGCUUCAAUGCCACCGGACCUCGCUGCCAGAUGGUGUACAAUGCCGGGCCUGAGCGGGACAGCAUCUGCCGGGCAUGGGGACAGCACCACGUGGAGACCUUCGACGGCCUCUACUACUACCACUCUGGCAAGGGCAGCUACACAUUGGUGGGGCGUCAUGAACCUGAGGGGCAGAGCUUCUCCAUCCAGGUGCACAACGACCCACAGUGUGGCUCCGCCCCCUAUACCUGCUCGAGGUCUGUCAGUCUCUUCCUAGCUGGUGAACAGGAGAUCCACCUGGCCAAGGAGGUCACCCACGGAGGCGUGAGGGUCCAGCUGCCACAUGUGAUGGGGGGUGUGCAUCUGCAGCAGCUGGCUGGCUACGUCAUCCUGAGGCAUCAGUCUGCUUUCACGCUGGCUUGGGAUGGUGUCUCAGCUGUCUACAUCAAGAUGAGCCCGGAGCUCUUGGGCUGGACCCGUGGCCUGUGUGGGAACAACAAUGCUGACCCCCAGGAUGACCUGGUAACCAGCUAUGGGAAGCUGACAGAUGAUGUGACCGAGUUUGUGCACAGCUGGCAGGAGCAGGCCCUCAACCACCCUUCAGGUGCCCUGGCAGCCUCCCUGCCUCGCCCACCAUGCCUGCAGCAGAGCCCUGGAAGCAUGCAGGGUGUAUACGAGCGCUGUGAGAUGUUGCUGCGAUCCCCCUUUGAUGCCUGCCACGCCUAUGUCAGUCCUCUGCCCUUCACAGCCAGCUGUACCAGCGAUCUCUGCCAAUCAGGGGGUGAUGAAGCCACCUGGUGCCGGGCCUUGGCGGAGUAUGCCCGGGCAUGUGCCCAGGCUGGGCGGCCCCUACAGGGCUGGAGGACCCAGCUUCGACAAUGCACUGUGCACUGCAAAGAGAAGGCCUUUACCUACAAUGAGUGCAUUGCCUGCUGCCCUGCUUCCUGCCAGUCCCGGGCCUCCUGUGUGGACAGCGAGAUUGCCUGUGUGGAUGGCUGUUACUGCCCCAACGGGCUGAUCUUUGAGGACGGGGGCUGUGUGGCACCAGCUGAAUGUCCCUGUGAAUUCCAUGGGACCCUGUACCCUCCUGGCUCUGUGGUGAAGGAAGACUGCAAUGCCUGCACCUGUACUGCGGGCAAGUGGGUGUGCAGCACGGCUGUCUGCCCAGCCGAGUGCUCAGUGACUGGCGACAUCCACUUCACGACCUUCGACGGCCGGCGGUACACGUUCCCCGCCACGUGUCAGUACAUCCUGGCCAAGAGCCGCUCCUCGGGCACCUUCACAGUGACGCUGCAGAACGCCCUGUGUGGUCUGAACCAAGAUGGAGCUUGUGUCCAGUCAGUAUCCGUGAUUCUGCACCAGGACCCUCGGAGGCAGGUCACCUUGACCCAGACAGGGGAUGUCCUCCUGCUUGACCAAUACAAGGUCACCCCACCCUACACAGAUGACGCCUUUGAGAUUCGGAGGCUGUCCUCUGUGUUCCUGCGGGUAAAGACCAACGUGGGUGUGCGGGUGCUCUACGACAGAGAAGGGUUGAGGCUCUACCUACAGGUGGACCAGCGGUGGGUGGAGGACACCGUGGGCCUCUGUGGCACCUUCAACGGCAACACGCAAGACGACUUCCUGUCCCCAGUGGGUGUACCCGAGAGCACCCCGCAACUGUUUGGCAAUUCGUGGAAAACACUGUCUGCCUGCUCCCCGCUGGCCCCCAGCUCCCCACUGGACCCCUGUGAUGUGCACCUGCAAGCCGCCUCCUACGCAGUGCAGGCCUGCAGCGUGCUCACGGGGGAGCUCUUCGCGCCUUGUUCUGCAUACUUGAGUCCUGUGCCCUACUUUGAGCAAUGCCGCCGGGACACCUGUCGCUGUGGGCAGCCCUGUCUGUGCGCCACCCUGGCCCACUAUGCCCGUCUGUGCCGGCGCCAUGGGCUCCCGCUCAACUUCCGUGCUCGCCUGCCAGCCUGCGCGCUGUCCUGUGAGGUCACCAAGGAGUACAGCCCCUGUGUGGCCCUGUGUGGACAAACCUGCCAGGACCUGGCCAGCCCUGAGGCUUGUGGGUUUGAUGACGGUGGUGACUUCAGCAGGGAUGAGUGUGUGGAGGGCUGUGCCUGCCCCCCGGACACCUACCUGGACACCCAAGCUGACCUCUGUGUCCCCAGGAACCAGUGCUCCUGCCACUUUCAAGGAGUGGACUAUCCCCCUGGGGACAGUGACAUCCCAUCCCUGGGCCACUGCCACUGCAAAGAUGGCGUCAUGAGCUGUGACAGCAGAGCCCCAGCGGCAGCCUGCCCGGUGGGCCAGGUCUUCGUGAACUGCAGUGACCUGCGUGCAGACCCUGAGCUGAGCCGGGAGAGGACGUGUGAGCAGCAGCUGCUGAAUCUGAGUGUGACAGCCCGCGGCCCCUGCCUGUCAGGCUGUGCCUGUCCCCAGGGCCUACUCAGACAUGGGGAUGCAUGUUUCCUGCCAGAAGAGUGCCCAUGCACUUGGAAGGGGAAGGAGUAUUUCCCUGGGGACCAGGUGGUGUCUCCCUGCCAUACCUGCAUCUGCCAGCAGGGCUUGUUCCAGUGCAUCCUGCACCCCUGUGCCUCCACCUGCACUGCCUACGGUGACCGGCAUUACCGCACCUUUGAUGGGCUCCCAUUCGACUUUGUGGGGGCCUGCAAAGUACACCUGGUCAAGAGCACGUCGGAUUUCAGCUUCUCUGUGAUUGUAGAGAAUGUAAACUGCUACAAUUCUGGCAUCAUCUGCAGGAAAUUUAUUUCCAUCAAUGUUGGGAACUCACUCAUCAUCUUCGAUGACGACUCAGGAAAUCCUAGUCCUGAGAGCUUCCUGGACGAGAAGCAGGAGGUGCACACGUGGCGAGCAGGGUUCUUCACGCUGGUGCAUUUCCCCCAGGAGCACGUCACCCUCCUGUGGGACCAGAGGACCACAGUGCACGUGCAGGCUGGGCCUCAGUGGCAGGGCCAGCUGACAGGCCUCUGUGGGAACUUUGACUUAAAAACCAUCAAUGAAAUGCGGACCCCGGAGAACCUAGAGUUAACCAACCCCCAGGAGUUUGGAAGCAGUUGGGCUGCAGUUGAGUGCCCAGACACUCUCGACCCCCGGGACACGUGUGUCCUUAAUCCUCUCCGGGAACCAUUUGCCAAGAAGGAGUGUGGCAUCCUGCUCAGCGAGGUGUUUGAGACCUGCCACCCUGUGGUUGAUGUCACUUGGUUUUACUCCAACUGCCUGACGGACACGUGUGGGUGCAGCCGGGGCGGUGACUGCGAGUGCUUCUGUGCCAGUGUGUCUGCGUACGCCCACCAGUGCUGCCAGCACGGGGUGGCCAUUGACUGGAGGACGCCCCGCCUCUGCCCAUACGACUGCGAUUUCUUUAACAAAGCGCUAGGUAAGGGCCCCUACCAGCUGUCCAGUGUGGCAGCUGGCGGCGCCCUGGUGGCCGUGAAGGCGGUGGGCAAUGACAUAGCCCUGGUAAAGGCAGAGGAGCUGGCGCCGGGGGACAUUGUGAGCUUCCUGCUGACAGCUGCUCUGUACAAGGCCGCGGCCCACGACCCAGAUGUGGUUUCCCUGGAGGCAGCGGACAGACCCAACUUCUUCCUGCACGUCACAGCCAACGGGUCUGUGGAGCUGGCUAAGUGGCAGGGCGGUGAAGGCUUCCACCACCACGCCUCCUUCUCGCUGCACCGGGGGACGUGGCGGGAGGGCCUGGUGGCCCUGGAGUCCCUGGCAAAGCCUGGCUUCUUCCUCUACGUGUCGGGGUCUGUGCUGGCCUUGCGGCUGUAUGAGCACACGGAGGCAUUUCGCAGGGGCACACUCUUCCGCCUUCUGGAUGCCAAGCCCUUGGGGGCUGCCUACCCUGUCUGUGAAUGGCGCUACGAUGCCUGUGCCAGCCCCUGCUUCCAAACCUGCCGGGACCCACGUGCAGCCAGAUGCCAGGAUGUGCCCAGGGUGGAAGGCUGUGUCCCUGUGUGCCCCGGCCCCAAGGUCCUGGACGAAGUCACACAGAGAUGCGUCUACUUGGAGGACUGUGUGGAGCCAGCUGUUUGGGUUCCCCCAGAGACCCUUGGCAGCGAGACCCUGCCUCCUGGACAAGUGCUGUCCACCCCUAGUGACAAGCAGCUGCAGGACAGUGCCACGCUCAGGCCAGCCCUCAGCCCGGCAGCCUCACUCACGGAGGCUCUGAACCCUCUGAUGGCAGCCACCGAGGGGCCAGUGCUGUCCCCAGGUCCCACCCAGCCUGCCACGCAGCAGCCCCUGGGGCUCACUGCUUCUGACUUCUCUGUCCACUUCACAGAGGCCCCAGCCAGCAGGGGAGUGACCUCCCGCCUCCCGGCCACCUCCCGCCUCCGGGAAUCCUCAUCCCUGCCCCUUGCUAUGCAGACACCCACACCUGGCAUGGCAUCAGGUGCGGUGGAGACAACCAGGGUGACUGUGACCUCUGCAGGGAGCGCCAACAUCACAGUCUCCUCCCGGUCACCCUCUGUACCACGCUUCCCGCUCGUGACCAAAGCUGUGACGGUUCCAGGUCGUGGCUCCUUGCCUGUUAGGACGACAGCCCUGCAGCCCUCCCCGCCACCAGGUCCCUCCUCCAGGCCUGUGGCUCCCCCUGGGGUGACUUCCAGGCCGCCCUCCUCCUCGGGCUCCCACAAAGCUUUGCUGACACCUAUAGUGACUGAGGCCAUGCACAAGACAGGGACCCCCCAGGCCCCCCAGACCCAGAGCAGCAGCGCCCCAGCUGUGGCUAGCACAGGAGCAGAAGAGGGUCCGGUCAGCCCCCUUGCCACCAAGGGCAUGGAGGAGGUGCCAUCCACAGGGAAGGGCGAACCUGGGCACGGCCAGCCCACGGGCCUGCCAGCAUCCCCACAUCCAAGCCUGGUCCCCACUGCCCCGCCCCGCCCCACCACGCCCGGCCCCACAGCCCCUGGGCCUCCAGCUCCGGCCCCAGAGACCCCAGCUGCCACCAGCCUGUCCACAGUUGCCCGGGCGCUGGGAACCACAGCCUUCCUGUCCCCGAAGUCAACCCAGCCAUCCCAGCUCCUCUCUGGCCUGCCUCCCGACACCAGCCUGCCCCUGGCCAAGGCGGGCACGUCUGCCUCGGUGGCCACCCCCGGCCCCAAGGGCUCCGUCACCAUCCCUCCACAUCAGCCUCGAGUCACGUCUCUGGCAGUGGCCCUGACUCCUCCGGGCCGGACCCUGAGCCCCGCCCUGCCUGUCACCCCGGCUGUGGGGGCCCAGGUACACCCACCCAGUCACACAGCCUCUCAGACAGCAAGCACGGCUCCAGGACAGCUUCUGGGAGCCACACUGCCAACCUCUGGAGUUGUGGCUGUGGCUGCAGGGGCGGCCCGUACGGUAUCCGUUCUCCCACGAAAGAGCACCACGCAGAAAGUGGCCAUCCUGUCCAAGCACGUGUCCCUGCCCACUUCCGUCCAUGGCUCUGCCGAGGGUGGGCCCACUGGGCUGACACCAGCCGUGGCCCGCACUCUUACUCCCUUGGUAACUGAGGCCAAGGGCCCAUGGGCUGGCGCAGGACCCCCAGUGCCCACGUCCCAUCCCCUGAGCCAUGUCUCAGCCAGGACAGCUUCCUGGGAGAGCUCGCUGGUUCUGCUGCCUCAGCUGGUGGAGGCCCAAGGAACCACAGCUGGACCGCAGCUGCCAGUGGUGCCCAUGGGUGAGGCCACCACGGAGCAGUCUGGGCGCUCGGCCCCAGUCCACGGCAUCGCGGGCUCAGCUGAGACCUCGGCAACGACUGAGGCCAACGCAUCUGCCGCCUGUGUUCCCAUCGCGGAGCAGGACUGUGUCCGCCACAUCUGCAUAGAAGGCCAGCUGAUCCGUGUGAACCAAUCGGAGCACUGCCCCCAGGGUGCUGGCCGCCCCCGCUGUGGGGUCCUGGGCCUCGCAGUGCGGGUGGGCGGGGACCGCUGCUGUCCCCUCUGGGAGUGUGCCUGCCGGUGCUCAAUCUUCCCUGACCUGAGCUUCGUGACCUUCGAUGGGAGCCACGCAGCCCUGUUCCAGGAGGCCAUCUACAUCCUCAGCCAGAGCCCCGAUGAGAUGAUCACUGUGCACGCCCUUGACUGCAAAAGCGCCAACCUGGGACACCUGAACUGGCCCCCAUUCUGUCUGGUGAUACUGAAUGUGACGCACCGGGCCCAUCAAGUCACCGCUGACCGCUUCAACAGGAAGGUGAUUGUGGACUCACAGGCUGUGCGGCCACCUGUGAGCAGGUAUGGGUUCCAAAUUGAGGACACAGGCCACAUGUAUGUGAUCCGGACACCCUCAAACAUCCAGAUCCAGUGGCUACACAGCUCAGGACUCAUGAUCGUGGAGGCCAGCAAAGCCAGCAAGUCCCAGGGCCGUGGCCUGUGCGGUGUCUGUGAUGGAGAUGUAGCCAACGACCUCACCCUAAAGGACGGCUCUGUGGUGGGUGUGGCUGAGGACCCCGCUCCCUUUCUGGACAGCUGGCAGGUGCCCAGCUCCUUGACCUCAGUGGGCCAGGCUCGUUUCCGCCCAGACAGCUGUGCCACGGCCGACUGCUCACCCUGCCUCCGCAUGGUGUCCAACCGCACCUUCAGCGCCUGCCACCGCUUUGUCUCCCCGGAGUCAUUCUGUGAGCUGUGGAUCCGGGACACCAAGUACGUGCAGCAGCCCUGCGUGGCACUGACCGUGUAUGUCGCCAUGUGCCACAAAUUCCACGUGUGCAUCGAGUGGCGCCGCUCUGACUACUGCCCCUUCCUGUGCUCCAGUGAGUCCACCUACCAGGCAUGUGUGGCAGCCUGCGAGCCCGCCGACUCGUGCCAGGAUGGGAUGCUGGGCCCGCUGGACCCGGAGCAGUGCCAGGUGCUGGGCGAGGGCUGCGUCUGUGCCGAGGGCACCGUCCUGCACCGGCGUCACGCUGCACUCUGCAUCCCCGAGGAAAAGUGCGCCUGCACCGACAGCAUGGGCGUGCCUAGGGCCGUGGGCGAGACCUGGAACAGCUCUCUCAGCGGCUGCUGCCAGCAGCAGUGCCAGGCCCCAGACACCAUCAUCCCAGUGGAUCUGGACUGCCCGGGGCCCCGGCUUGAGAGCUGCCUGCGCUUUGGGGAGGUGGUCCUGUUCCUGCCCACUGAGGACCCCUGCUGCCUGGGGUCUGUCUGCGUGUGUAACCAGACUUUGUGCGAGGGCCUCGCCCCUACCUGCCGCCCAGGCCACCGACUCCUCACCCACUUCCAGGAGGACUCCUGCUGCCCCAGCUACAGCUGCGAGUGUGACCCUGAUCUGUGUGAGACAGAGCAGGUCCCCAGUUGCCGCCAGGACCAGACCCUGAUUGCGGGCCGCCUGGGGGACUCGUGCUGCACCUCCUACUUCUGCGCCUGUGGCGACUGUCCAGAUCCCAUCCCGGAGUGUCGGGAAGGGGAGGUGCUCACCGCGCACGGGAACACCACGGAGCUCUGCUGCCCUCUGUACCAGUGUGUGUGUGAGAGCUUUCGCUGCCCCCAAGUGCAGUGUGGCAUGGGCACGGCCCUGGUGGAGGUGUGGAGCCCGGACCGCUGCUGCCCCUACAAGUCCUGUGAAUGUGACUGUGACACAAUCCCGGUGCCCCGGUGCCACCUGUGGGAGAAGUCCCAGCUGGACGAGCAGUUCAUGCACAGCGAGGAGAACGUGUGUGGUUGCGCCAAGUACGAGUGCGUGAAAGCCCCCGUGUGUCUGAGCCGCGAGCUGGGGGUGCUGCAGCCAGGCCAGACGGUGGUGGAGCUCUCCGCAGAUGGCGUGUGCCACACCUCCCGCUGCACGGACUCGCUGGACCCCCUCACCAGCUUCUACCAGAUCAACACCACCUCGGUGCUGUGUGACGUCCACUGCGAAGUGAACCAGGAGUACGAGCACCCCCGGGACCUGGCGGCCUGCUGUGGCUCCUGCAGGAACGUGUCCUGCCUCUUCACCUUCCCGAAUGGCACCACCUCCCUGUUCUUGCCUGGGGCGUCCUGGAUCGCAGACUGUGCCCGCCUCCACUGCGGCAGCACUCCCCUGGGCGCCGUGCUUGUCCGCUCACCCAUCAGCUGCCCACCACUCAACGAGACUGAGUGUGUCAAGGUUGGGGGCUCUGUGGUCCCUUCCUUGGAAGGAUGCUGCAGGACAUGUAAGGAGGAUGGGCGCUCCUGCAAGAAGGUGACCAUCCGCAUGACCAUCCGCAAGAACGACUGCAGGAGCAACACACCUGUGAACCUAGUGUCCUGCGACGGGAGGUGCCCGUCCGCCAGCAUCUACAACCACAACGUCAACACCUACGCCCGCUUCUGCAAGUGCUGCCGCGAGGUGGGGUUGCAGCGACGCUCCGUGCAGCUCUUCUGCGCCACCAACGCCACCUGGGUGCCCUAUACAGUGCAGGAGCCCACGGACUGCGCCUGCCAGUGGUCCUGAGGCUGGGGCCUGGGCUCGCUGGGCCACUGCUGCCGCCUUAUGUUCUAGGUGGCCCAGCCUGAGCGGGAGAGAGCUGGUCCGAGCUGAGCAUGUGACGGCGGGCAGAGGCCCCAAGAAGGGCCAGAACUGGCCACGUUUGCCCAUUCCGGCUCCCGCUCUGCUGCCUCCCCACCUCCACACAUGGGGCAGUGCUCAGCUCUGUCCCCGGCUUGAGGUCAGGAAUGGGCUGCAGAUCCAGGGCGGCCGGCUCCUGCACAUCCGUGACUGGGGCAUGGUUCUUGGUGAGAGGGGUGAGAACUUUCCCAGAAGCUGGGUCCAAAGUUAACCCCGAUCCAAGCACAGGACUAGGAUGUGGUGGCCUGUUUCUUUCUUCAUCCUUUUGACCACAGGAUAAACACAGACACAGUAAAAAGGGCUUUAACUGCAACAUCAGCCUAUGCAGAGCUGCCCAGAAGACUUCCCCAAAGCAAAGAGGGUGGACUUAAGGGGCCCAGGUCCUCCCACAGCGAUGUUUGACACCAGGUACAGAGACUGCGGGGUGGACUCAGUGACUGUCGAGUUCGUUCUCCCUCCAAGAGGGGUGCUCAAUGAUCUGGUGUUGACCUUGUAAUUCAGGAUGGGAUUUAGAAGGGUGGACCCAGGCCUAAGUCUCCAUAUGCCACCCCUCAACCCCACCCACCUCUCCUGGUGGAUGGGCUGCCUUGGGAGUGGGUGGUGGGAGGAACUGGUCAUCCGGAUGUCGGGGACAGUCCACCUCGAGGCUGUGCGAUGGGUACUCUAAGCCUGCAGUUGCAGCUCCUGAUGCAAUGUGCCUUUUCGCCAAGGACAUAGCAGAGUUGGUCUGCGGAGGGGCCUGAGUGUGUCUUUUGUGUUCUAUGGGAGUGUUUAGUGGAAGAACGUCUGUCAGUGGAAAAUGCAGCCCAGUGCAUGUGCACCCAGUGUCCCUUGUCUGUCAGAGGCUUGUUUCCAAACAACAGUGCCCUCCCUAAAACCAGGGCCAGAGAGCUCAGCCACACUUGUCUCCUGCCCUCUCUGAAUACCACUGGGUCCAGAGAGCAUACACCUAACAUAUUCAGGCUCCAACACUGCCCUGAUGUGUACAGAUGUGUGGCUGUCCUUGUGCCCCUUGGGAUGAGAAGGCUCUCCCAGGAUGCUCCCCAGCUGUUCCCGCAGCCUCUCUGCUACUGUAACUGUGUCCCGCUUGUGUAUCAAUAAACCACAGGAAGACUUUAGGCCUCCAAGAAUUUC